UGAUAACUGUUUAAUCAAUGAUAUUACUCGGAUAGUCUGAUACCAUUUGAAUUAUUGAAAUUGAAAAUUUGAGAAUGCCGCUUGCCAUGUGGAAUCGACUGAAGGUUUGAAUCUGAAGAACUAAAUCUACUAAACAACUAAACACAGGAUAAAGGUUAUUUGGGUAGAACUAUCGUGUGUCGUCUGUUUGCGUAGAGCUUUAAAAUUUAGAACGUCUUACCUUGGCGCCAUGUCAGACGAUUCGUCGUCCGAAGAUGAAAUCACAAAGCGAAUACUCAAAGACUCAAUCGACACUGAUUUACUUACCAACGACUUGUACAGCAACAGCCCCAGCAAAAAACAAUCAGACAAAAUUAAAAGUAUCAAUGUUGUACAAACAAAACCAUCUCUUAGGAAUGUUAUUGAAGAUGAUGUACAUAACCAUAAUUUUAUCAAGGUGACUCCAGAAUUUCAAGAAUAUGUAGCUAAAAGCUUAUUCAAACAUUUAGAAAGCCAAAUAAUUGAAAAAAAAUCAAAACAUAAAAAACACAAAGUUGACAAUACUGACGAAUCAAUAGGUAUUCAUCUAUUCAAUGGAUCACCCAAAUUACUGAACUCUUCAUUAGAUGAACCCACAAUUGCGGUAAAGAGAAAACGUCAUAUUAAAAAUACCAGUGAUGAUCUCAUAUUGCAGCGUGCUUCUGAAAUGGCAGUGUCACCUGAAUGGAUAUUAAACAAAGGUGCUAUUCAAGGUUGGGAAAAAGUAACCAAAGGAAAAAUUAUGAAAGUUAAAAGUAACCGUGAAGGUACAUUUGAUAUAAUCAAUGAUGAAAUUUAGAGGCAUAUAUCAUAGUUCCUAGAAAAAUAUACUAAUGUGAAUAUCCUUUUUAACAAGAUACUGUAGUAUAUUAUCGACUAUUGUCUAUUGUCAAUUAUUGUACUACCUACUGGCAUAUUACUACUAACUAUUUCUUAAAGGAUCUUUUAUAGUAUGUUUAAACAUAUGUUACAAUAAUGUGCUAAUAUGUUAUAGUAGUAUACUCCUAACUAUAUUGUAAUUAUAUAAAAGUAAUGACAAAUCUACGACUUAUUGCUUAAGUCUGAGUUGCACAUUAAUUUAAUGCUCUAUUAAAAUUCACUUAUUUAUAAAAACUAUACCUAUUUGAAUUGACCAGAAAAGAAUAUACAUUAUGUAUUAUAUAUAUAUAAUCUGUAUUAUACAAUUUUUUAAAACUUAUUUUAAGAAUUGCCAAAUUAUUCUAUACUUUAUAAUAAGUACAUAACCUAUGGUUUUUUUUUGUUUUUUUUUUCAUCAGUUUAAAACUACAAAAAUAGUUUAUUUAUUUAACAAAAACUGAAUUCGUGAGUUUUUUUUUAUAUGUAUAAGUUAAGUCAUUUUUUUAUUAAACCAUGUAAUCUUACCCAUUACACAAUUUUAAUAUUUAAACUUUUAAAACAUGAUAACCAGCAUUUAUUUCAUCAUAUAUUUGACAAAAAUUACAUUGAAAUAUUAUUAAUUUCAGCUACUACUACUAAAUUUAAAAUUACUAUUUAAUAACGUAAAUAAAUUUAAAGCGGCUUGAAGGAAAUUUGUGUUGUGCAAUAAUAAUUUAACUUCUUCACAUAAUCACGUGGUUCAGUAAGAUGAUAGAAAUUUUAAAUUAGUAAUUAGAAGUGUUGAACUUCAGGAAAUGUUCUUAAUAAAAUAUUAAUAACAUA